AUGACAAGACUCCGCACAACUUCUCCUGCCCCUGAUCCCACGUACAUCGAAGCACUUUUCUGCAUACGCGAGGCCAUGCCGGUUAUCAACCUCCCACAGAACGGAACACGGAAUCUAUGGGAAAUGAAAAUCCCGACUCACUUGGGUAUUUCCUUGAUUCUACAAAGCAAAUGCUUCAACUGCAGUUGCGUCAAUAUACUUACCGGCCCCUUUGCUGAAAGACUUGAGCUUCUCGCAGUCAAGAUAGGAGCGGAUUCCUUUACCCACUUUGACGGAGUCUUGGCCAUGUUUAGUUCAGGGCCUCUCCGUGUCGGCAAUUCCCACAGAAGGCCAGGAUUUCAGCAUCUUGAAAAUGAAUAUCAUCAGUAUGAGUACAUUCCUGGCUACAUGGCAGAUCCUCCCACAGCCCGAUGCGUGCAAGCACUAGAAUGUAUUCAAAGAGCAUGGGGGAGCAUUUACCUCUCGAAAGACCCGGGAUCAGGCCGUAUGAUUAGCAAAUUGCGUUGUACAUGCAGCAAUGGCGAGGUAUGGUUGUUUAUCAAAGCAACCCGCCCUGGAGUCGUUUACGCUGAUCUAGAUGGUCCGGGACUUUUCCCCGGCGCCCUCAAAGAGGCUGCAAAACAAGGAAUGGACGGCUCGGUUGAUAUCUGCGGACUCUCGGCUUACUUUGACGAGGUACCCCCGGAUUAUGAGACUCGCUUUUAUCCGGAAGAGCAGUCUCCUGCCCCUAGUUUCAGUUCCUUUUCAAGCUGGUCACAGGUGACGGACUCGGACUUGAGUUUGCCCUCACCAGCAAUGGACUAUCGGCAAGACCACGGUUACUAUUAG